AAAUAGAAAGUGAGAUAUUUUGGUGUCGGCCCGGAAGCCCUAUGUAGAAGCAAGCAGUGGAGGCUAUAUAAACAGCAUCUCCACACAUUUAUUCCGCCUCUCUUUGUUCUACGCUUCUUCUUUCUUCUCCAUCAGAAAGAAGCAAGCCGUAGAUUUACACAUCCUUCCUUUAAUUAAGGCGCUCCAUCAGAUAUAAUUAUACAUAUUUUAUAUCAAGGCACGCUGCUUGUAUCUAUCCAUCUCACCAUCCGCCCUCUAUUCGACGUCGUUUUGGACCUAUUGAAGCUUCGAUAUGGCCGUUGUUUAUGCACCUGAAGAUCCUACUCUUCCUAAGCCAUGGAAAGGUUUGGUUGACAGUACCACUGGGGCUCUUUACUACUGGAAUCAAGAGACUAAUGUCACGCAAUAUGAGAAGCCUGGUGAUAACAGUACUAUUGAUGAUGAUGAAAGAUAUAAUAGGGUUAGUAAUGGUGGUUCAAAAAUUGAUUCUGGAGCAGGGACUCAGCAGAGUCGCAGGGUAGGGCCAGCUGUGGAAAAUGGUGCAUCUUCUGAGUCUUAUCAACAACGUAAUGAGAUCACUGUUUCUGGAAAAGAUGUACCCAUGCCUAUGACAUCAUUUGAAGCAAUUGGCUUACCUUCUGAGAUUCUUAGGGAGUUGCUCCAGGCUGGGUUCCCUGCCCCUACUCCGAUACAGGCACAGUCGUGGCCAAUUGCUCUUCAAAAUCGCGACAUAGUGGCAAUUGCAAAGACUGGUUCAGGGAAGACGUUGGGCUACCUGAUUCCAGCCUUUAUGCAUCUGAAGCGAGUUCGUAAAAAUCCCCAAUUGGGCCCAACAGUGUUGGUUUUGUCACCAACGAGAGAGUUGGCGACACAAAUUCAAGAUGAAGCUGUGAAGUUUGGGAGAUCAGCAAGAAUAUCUUGCACGUGUUUGUAUGGAGGAGCCCCAAAGGGUCCACAACUAAGGGACUUGAGCAGAGGAGUGGAUAUUGUUGUUGCCACUCCUGGCCGUUUGAAUGAUAUCCUUGAAAUGAGAAGGGUGAGCCUCAGUCAAGUUUCGUACUUAGUUCUGGAUGAGGCAGACCGCAUGCUGGACAUGGGAUUUGAACCACAAAUUAGGAAGAUUGUGAAGGAGGUCCCAGCUCGCCGACAAACACUCAUGUACACUGCAACAUGGCCGAAAGAGGUCCGGAAGAUUGCUGCUGAUUUAUUAGUUAAUCCAGUCCAAGUUAAUAUUGGAAAUGUUAAUGAACUUGUUGCAAACAAGUCUAUCACCCAGCAUGUGGAGAUCGUCUCAUCAAUGGAAAAACAAAGACGGGUUGAGCAGAUAGUGAGAUCUCAAGAACAAGGAUCGAAAAUUAUUAUAUUCUGCUCAACCAAGAAGAUGUGUGAUCAGUUAACCCGCAGCCUCAGUCGGCAGUUUGGAACUGCAGCCAUUCAUGGGGACAAAUCUCAGGGUGAGAGGGACUAUGUGUUAAAUCAGUUUCGCACAGGGAGAUGUCCAGUUCUUGUUGCUACUGAUGUUGCAGCUCGUGGGUUGGACAUCAAAGACAUCAGGGUGGUGAUCAACUAUGACUUCCCCAAUGGGGUAGAGGAUUAUGUUCACAGGAUUGGUAGGACUGGUAGGGCUGGUGCCAGUGGAAUAGCUUAUACCUUUUUAGGUGAUAAGGAUGCAAAGCAUGCUGCUGAUCUCAUUAAAGUUUUGGAAGGAGCGAAUCAACGUGUUCCAAAUGAAGUUAGGGGUAUGGUUUCUCGUGGUGGUGGGUUUGGAAGAGCUAAGCGUCAGUGGGGUUCUGGUGGGCGUGAUGGAGGCCGUGGUGGAAAUUAUGAUUCUGGUUUUGGUGGAAGGGCUGGUUGGGGAAAUGGCUCACGAGACAGUGAUAGGUCUGCUCCCACAAACUACCAUAAGAGAUUUCAUGAGGGUGCAGUUGGUGGCUCUGUAAAGCGUAGUCGGGUGGAGUGAUGGAGUAGAGGGUGAUGUCUGAACCUAAUGAACCCUUGUGCUUCUGAGUUGCACAUCUUAGUGGCUACAUCAGAUGGGGAUUAGCUGAAUUAUAUGUUAAACUUUAAAUUUGAAUAUUGUCUUCUGGUACUCAUUUUAUACAAAUAUUGGUGUGCAAGGAUACUUGUAACUGAUUCAAUAUUUCAAAGAAACUGAUCAAAGCAAAUCUGUUAUUAGAAAAA